CGAGACGCUUGUUCAAAAGGGUAAUGUUACAUACAAGACAUAAACUGGGAACAAGGUUCUUUCCGAGACAUUUUCCAGGGGCAAUUAUCGAUAAGCUUUAUCUUAUCAAUCUGCAAUUACAUGCCUGCCUAGAAGCAAUACAGUGCGGGCGAAACAUCGCAACCCCCGCCAUGCAUUGAUUCCAUAGACGUCCACGAGUAGCCAUCGGAUUUUCUACUCAAGAUUAUGUCACCCUUCGACUUCUAAUCCCUUUCGCUUGCACUAUAGACCCGAAAUAUAAUACCCAACCAAAGAGUAACUUACCUUCUUUAUUAAUAGACUUACAAUAGACCUCAUCGCUUGUCCACGGGAAUAAUAAAGCCACCGAUCGGCACCAAACCCCGCCAUCCCAUCAUCAGCAUCAUCGCGCCGCCCAAUCCCAACCAACCAACUCGAGCACCUACCAACAAACCAACAUACCUUACCCGCCCAACCCAUCCACAAAACCUACAAACCUCAUGGCAGCGGAGAUAGAGCGCCCGCGAAUCCUCUACGGACCCGCGGGCCCAGAGCCGCCGUACCCGCUGCGCAUGGAGGGGACCGUGAUAUCCGGUUUCGGCCGCGGGUCGAAAGAGCUAGGAAUCCCAACCGCGAACCUCCCCGUCGACGAGGCAGCGACGCCAUGGAUCGCGACUGCGAAGUCAGGCGUAUACUUCGGCUACGCAUCCCUUGCCUUGCCGCCAUCCCACCCCGACCACCACGCACGCCACCAAGGCAACCCCCUCGCCCCAGCGUCCGCGCCUCCCGCCCCCCUCUCCUCCUCCUCUGUUCCUCCCACCGCGCCAACCUCCCAAUGGCAGAUCUACCCGAUGGUGAUGUCGAUCGGCUACAACCCAUUCUACAAGAACUCGGUGCGGUCCGCCGAAGUCCACGUCCUGCACAAGUUCGCCGCAGACUUCUACGACGCGCCGAUGCGUCUGCUGAUCCUGGGUUUCGUGCGCGAGGAGCGGGACUACCCGUCGCUGGACGCGCUCGUCGUAGACAUAAACGUGGACUGCGAAGUGGCGCGGCAGAGCCUCGCGCGCCCCGCCUGGACCCCGCGGCAAGGCGUUGUAGACGGGGCGAGUGGAGAGUUUGAUGGAUCUUGGCUUGUGCGAGAGGAGUGAUGGGAGGGAGAGAAAGAAGGGGGUUGAUCUACGUAGGCUAGAUCUACGGGCUGGCUACAUAUUACCUACUCGAGUUAAGUCUGGUCUGCUUUAUUUUAGCCUUUGGGGAUAUAGGCGCAUACAUACACAUACACAUAUACAUACAUGGGUAUGUAACUGUAUGUAUGUAUCGUAUCUAGCAUGAAGCAAGCAUGAGGCAAGAUGUUGGCAGCGUGGGUAAGGGUAAAGUCGGGAUUAGGAGGGGUAACGUAAGCGAAGUUACCCGAAGCGGCCCGAGGCAUCCAAUGCGAAAACUUCCGAAAGCCCGCGGGACACGUGAGACGCCUUAAAACGAUAUAGUCGCUUUAUAGACGUUCUAAGUUGGUUCAUUGGUGGUUGAGCGUUCACCGUAUAGAAUAAUAAUAGACCGUUCCAAGUUUCAG